UAAAUUGUCGGUUUGGGUAUCGUUGUCCGUACAUGAGCCGAGCUCUCACAAGUUGAUGCUUCUUGAUUCCUUGUUCUGAUAUAAGGGCGCUGGGGAAGGGGCUCCCGAUCUGACAUAACUGCAGUCUAAAUCUCAUUGAGUCAUCCACACAAUACAAUUCACCGCGAAUCGUUUUUGGUCUCUCCGAUUCCAAUGGAUCUCAGCAAAUUGACCCCAGAACAACUUGCGUAGUUACCAGCUGCUGUGCCGCCUCCCGGUGUGGUGCCGAAUUUGGUUAAUCCGCCCACUGCGGGAUAUGGCAUUCUCAUCGCAAACAGCAUCUUGAUGUUGAUAAUGCUAACCUUUGUCACUCUACGUUUCUAUGUUGUGUUACGCAUCAAGAAAAAAAUGGCACCCGACGACUGGGCGGUGGUCGCAUCAUUGUUUGGUAGUGUCUUCUACUAUGUUGUAGUAUGCUUGAACAUUCUCAGAUCCAGAUGGGGUACACACCUGUACAACCUCUCCAUUCUUCACCUAAAGUCCGACGAACUCGCCAAGACGAGCUUCCUGACUGGCGGGCCUUCUCAACUGGUCUGGCCAUGUAUCAAGACCAUAUUCUUUCUGAUGUACCUUAAGCUGUUUUACCCGUUAGCAUGGCUUCGAAGCUGCGUAUACGCUGGUCUGACACUAAUUUGGGCGUGGUACAUAUCAAUGUUUGUCGCUCAAACAGUUCUUACCACGCCAUUGCCAGGACAAACUUGGUCAGAGGCGUUCGCGGGGCCGCGUUAUCUUCAGAUAUUCAAGCUUGCUAUACCUACUGCUUCCUUCAGUCUAGUGUCGGACGCAUACAUCUGGAUUCUUCCACUCAUUGCUAUAUCUCAUCUACAACUGAGUUUCGCAAAGAAGAUCGGAGUUUGUGCAAUGUUCUCGGCAGGACUAGUUUGCUGCAUCGCAUCGUCUUUAUCGGUGUACUAUCAAUAUCGAAUCACGAAAGAUCAGUCGGACUAUACCUACCACGUCGCGUACGUCUACUUGAUAUACACAUUGGAGAUGUGCAUUGGAAUAUCCACCAGCUGCAUGCCUCACAUUGCACAGUUAUACAGAAAUAAGAGAGGUCAAAGGGCGAGUUCGGCUACGCGAUCGGUGAGGCUUCCUUGGAUCAGCCCCCAUCAGUCCCACAAUCAAAGCUAUACCCUAUCAAAGGUAUCAACACUCCCAGGGUAUGCGACAAAAAGCCCAUAUACCAAUAUAACAGAUGAUCCAAUGGUACGACCAGAGCUUUACGAGAUGGAUCGUAUCGUCAACGAGUAUGGCUCCCACAGAGAUCCGAAUUCUGGUGUUUCUUUCCCUCGGGACAGGGUUCAUCGAAGUGUUGUCAUUAGUCAAAGUAGCGUGAAAAUUCCACAAAAGAAAAACAUCUCGGAAUGGCGGAAAUGA